AUGUUCUUUGUGAGUGUGGAAAACCCAUGGAUCGUGAGAUCUCUUUCAGUGGGAAAGUUGAAAAGCUCAUCUUUUUUGGGUGAUGGUGUCUUUUGUAAAGGACUUAGCGGAUAUAUAGUAAGUGAUGAUUUAGAAGUGAUACCCCCAUUAAGCUCACCAGUCUCUUCUUUCCUUACUAAGGUUGGUGUGAUGGAUGCAACCACUACUGAGGAGAUGACUUUCAAUGUAGGAGUUGAUGAGGUUUUGAAUUUGCCUAUAUGCUCAUUUGUGUCUAAAACACCUUUGACGGAUAUUCUGCUGAAGCAUAAACCAAAACCAAAACUGAGCAGUGAAGGUGUUCAGCAAGGAAUAGGUUUUAAGCGUCAAACGACAGGGGACACGGUGAAGGAGGAAAAAAACAUUUCUGUCAAUCUUUUGGUUAGCAAAUCUAAGAAAAUGGUUUGUUAUGCAGAAGCAAGGGAGGAUUUUGUUAAUUUACUCCUCAGUUUCCUAACUGUUCCGCUUGGGUUUGUACUAAAAGAGAUGCAGGAUAGCUCUUCCUCUACGAAAGGCUGCAUUGAUCGGUUGUACAAGAGUGUCCAAGAUCUUGAUGAGGAAUACUUAAAGUCAAAUUACCACAAGGAAAUUCUACUCUCUCCCAAUCUUUAUCCUGGUUUUGGCUAUGAGAACCAUCUUUUAGGAAUUGAUCAGGAUGGCCAGGAAGCCCCAUGUUAUUGUGCACGUUACCUUAGGCAUACUACUGUCCACGAAAUAUUGACUAAUGAUAAAGCCAUUAUCCCUUCUAAUUACAGAGUUCCACUCAAACUGAAGUAUUGCAAAUCCCAAGGCGAUUACAAAAGUGAUGCAGGAUUUUUGAGUAGACCGGCGAUGUUUACAAUAACUGACAGUCUUAUGAUAAGGUCUAUAUCUCCUCUCUUUGGCGUUUCUGUUUUGAACGAAUUGAAAGUGCCAUUCGCAGACAUUGAGAUGCAAACUGUGCAGGUUGGGAAGGAGGAGGUUAGUUAUUUUUAG